CAGUUGGUAAUUCAGAACAUGUGACACCGAGUCCCAUAGUUUGCAAUGUUAUUCUAUACUUUGCUGUGGUAUUAAGCAUUCAAUUUAUUCCGUGUACUUUGUUUACGCUUGGAAGAAUAUAAUUUUAUAAACUCGAAGUUCUCAUUUCGAUCUUUGGUUAGAGAACGAUUGUACGAGACGCAGUAUACGUUUACUUGGAAUGUCUGAUAAUUAAACACAUUAUUUCAUAAUGAAGAAUAAAUAUGUGGAACUUGCAAAAGUGGGUACUGCUUAUGCUAAGAACAUGAAUCGUCUGAGUAACCGAAUUUUCGGUGAAGUAACCAGGGAUACUAAUAAAAAAUCUAUGAAGGUUGUAACAUUGUUUAGCGAGCUGCCACCGUAUAAAGAUCCUGAAUAUGUUAAUUAUUAUCCACGGCAUCAGGAAACUUACGAGUUAAUGAAACACCUCAGACUUUAUGGUUUAUUUAGAGACGAGCAUGAAGAUUUUAAAGAGGAAUAUGAACGUUUAAGAGAAUUGCGUGGGAAAAAGAAGUGGGUUCCACCAAAGUUGAGAAAAUAGAUGAAUAUAUUAUGUGAAUAUGCUUAAACAAUAUUCAUUAUACUAUUUUAUGUAUUUUAUGUAAUAUAUAAUACACGUAAUACAUGUAUACAAUUAGAAAUAAUGUGUUUCAUAUAAA